AUGGACAUAGUCUCGAACAGCAUUGAGCUACCCUUUGAGAUUCUGCGAGCCAUAUUUCUCCUGUCUUUGACGCUAGCCUAUCCUACCGAGGCCGCAAGUUUCCAUAAAUACGUCCUCGAACCGUCCUACAAGAAAGAGCCGCUUUCGUACACUCAUGUCUGUCGCUGGUGGCGAGCCGUCGCAUUAGCUGUGCCUGAGCUCUGGAUGGCGGUCUCCGGCACGCGUGAUUGGGUUGGAUAUACGUCGCCUGGUGUUCUGCGCAUUUGGAUGGAACAUGCCCACAACAGCCUAACCAUGCGGGACAUAGGACGCGCCAUACAUCCGUCGCAAGCCUUGCAUCUCCACCUAGGCAAUCCGCCGUCCACGAUGGAGAAAUAUACGCCACGAACUGUGAAGGUCCUCAAACACUUCUGGAAUCAAAUCACGCUGUGUCGCUCAUUGAGCCUAACCCUCGACCUAUACCUUAUACCACACUUCUACGACCUCAUCAAGGACAAGAACAAUCUUCCAGCCAUGCCACUUCUCGAAGAUGUCGAGCUUGUCUUCAUCUCUCGUCCUGCAGGCUUCUCAGCGCAAGGCAACGCCAUCAUCUCCUGGCUUAAGUCCUUGCCCGCCCUCCGCCGCUUGCGCUGGUUAUACACCCGCCGCAUCAUCAAGUCCAGCCCGCGGGUGUUCCUUGGGAAUCUGCCCUUCGAGAAACUCGACACCCUCUCCCUGACGUGCGCGAUGCCCUUCAAGGUAGCCCUGUGCUAUAUCGGGAGGUGCACCUCCGCGACGACCGUGCACAUCAACAACCUGGAGACAUUCAACCCCAGCGCGUUCGAGCUCCACCAGUUUGACCAGCCGAUCCUCGAACUGCCUAAUCUAAGGUCGCUGACGCUUGAGGGUGGCGAGGACCCGUCGUUGGCGCUGAGCUACCUGACGCUGCCAGGCUUAAAGCAUCUGAAGGUCAUCAAGCUUAUGCAGCGAGGUCCCAUGGACGGCAGAGAAUUUGAGGCCUUCUUUCGACGCUCUGGUUGCUCGCUCAAAAAACUUCACCUUGAGGAUGGCGAUAUACCCUCUGACAGCAUGGUUUCUUUCCUUGCUACACCGGAGGUUCAGAAAAUUAAGGAGCUGAUCCUCGUUGGGCUCUGA